GUUUCUGAAAACAAGGGGAGGCAGCAUUUAACUUACGUCUGCGAUGGCGUUGUCUCUGUGAGGCAGAUAGCAUGAAGCUAUGUGGAAAAAGUCUGAACCAUGCUUCUAAGGAUUGUUUUAUUGGUGUUUUCCCUAAAGCAAUAGUAACAGUGCAAAUGCCCGUUACUUCCUUUCCAAUAUGCUUACAGCAUAUUCCAUAAUCCACCCGCCAUAGCCAGGCGCGUGAGGUUUUGUUUCCCUCUCUGCUUCCGUAACUAACUCAUGCUCGUGUUUCUCCUCCAUCGUGUAUGUCACCAUUCUGUGUUUCCAGCGUGUUACCCGUCUCUGCCUCGUGGCGACGGUGUGUUAUAACACUGGCCGAGAGGAGUUGCUGAUUGAAGGACGUGUUGGAAGCGAGUUCAGUCUAUAAGUUUGCUCUGCGUGAUUUUUUUUGAAACGAGUGUGCGUUGAGUCUGAGCGGAGCAUCAGGACUUCUGUAGAUAAUUGCUAGAAUUCUCGGGGAAUCGAUCACUUCCCUCGUUACAACGAUGUAUACCGCGGUCAGAACCAUUCGCCGGAAGGCGCUUGUCGGGUUCGCUAGGCAACGGGAGCUUCAUGGAGUUUCAGCGCCUCGAGACGGAGUUCGUACCUUGGCUGAAGAAUUGUCGUCAGGUGUAAGAGCUUCUUCAUCAAUCGUUGAUGAUACGGUGCCUUCUAAGAGAUUCUAUGUAACCGAUGCACCUGGCAAGCCGACAGUAUUUCAUGCCACGCGACAGCAGGAACGGCUUUCCAGUACUCUUGCUGGUGAAGUGCCAAAGCUGGCACCUGUCACCACUCGUAGCGAACAUUCAGCUGCGGUAGCCGUGGACGAUGAGAAGGGCUACGAAAGCUCUAGUAGUAUGGAGGAUUUCGUUGAGGUCGGACACAAGCUUGCAGACGCGGCGCGAGCAAUUACUGUCAAAUACUUCAGACGUGGCUUUCAAAUCAUUGAUAAGGAAGACUUGAGUCCAGUGACAGUGGCCGAUCGAGAAACUGAAGCGGCUAUGUGCUCAAUCAUAACUCGGCACUUUCCGGGUCAUGCUAUAUUUGGAGAGGAAGGAGGCUUGACGAUGCCUGAAGGAGGCUCUGAUUAUGUCUGGGUCUUAGAUCCCAUUGAUGGCACUAAGAGCUUCAUCACUGGGAAGCCAGUCUUCGGAACACUCAUCUCUCUGCUUCACAAGGGCUCUCCUGUUCUUGGCAUUAUUGAUCAACCUGUGCUGGGGGAGCGGUGGGUCGGAGUCAAAGGUCAAGCUACUACACUGAAUGGCCGCAGGGUUAGGACACGUUCUUCUACGGCGCUGCUCAAAGACGCUUACUUGUACACGACAAGUCCCCAUAUGUUUACUGGACAAACAGAAGAUGCUUUCGUGCGCGUUCGGAAUGAGGUGAAAAUACCCUUGUAUGGCUGUGACUGCUACGCAUAUGGGCUGCUAUCAUCCGGUCACGUGGACGUUAUAAUUGAACAUGGAUUGAAGCCAUAUGAUUAUUUGGCUUUAGUGCCAGUGGUGGAGGGUGCUGGUGGGACGAUUACGAACUGGAGUGGAGAAAGUCUCAAAUGGUUACCAGAAAUCGGAGAGCACAGCAUUGGAGUGCUAGCUGCUGGGACCAGAAGUUUACAUAAAUCAGCUCUUUCCCACUUGAUUGGAGUACAACAAUCAUGUGCAAUGACAUAAAUGGCAUUCAACAUUUCAAACUAUUCAAUCUGUGCGGUAUAAUCUUUUUGCGCAGUAAAUUAGUUUGACUAGCACCCUUCUCCAAGUAGACAGUAGUAUUAAAUCCUCAUUGUAUUUGCACUUUUUAUAGCAUAACUGAAGUUUUAACCCAAAAAAAAUAAAAUAAACCAUACGCAUUUAGGCAAUACUGCAGAAUACUUCAUGAAGAAAUAUAUUCCAGUACCGACAGUCAAAAAUGAUAACUAAUAUCCAGUUUGCAAUAAAAUUUAUGUACAUGUUCCUUCUCA